UCAAACGAUGACUGACAUCUGAGGUGUCGGGUGAAAGAAUGUGGAAGGGGAAAGCAGAGUCUCCGUCUGCUGUGGUUCCAACAACAUCACAAUGUGCUACAACCCAGAGAGACGUAGAAAGCUCAACAAUCAGCGCCCAGAAUGGAUCUAUCGCCUACCAACCUCAGCUGACAGAUUGUCAUGUUGCAGGGAAUAUAAAUAUGAAUAUCAGCAACACAUAUGUUCAAGCUCCUGCCAAGACAGACGAGACUGCUGCUUCUCCCAAAACCAAAGAAAACAUCCAAAGGUGCCAAGAAGAACUACAAUCUUACCUUGAAGAUGAAACAAAUAAUCUGUUUCAAGGAACAAAGGAAGAUGGAUCAUCAACUCCUAUGAACAAGAUCUAUACAAAGUUAUACAUCACAGAGGGAGGCAGUGGGGAGGUUAAUAGUGAACAUGAAGUGGUUGUAUUAGAAUGUAGAAGGAGUACGAGUGAGAAGAAAAUCCAACUCAAUGACAUUUUGAAAGCUUUACCAAACGAAGACAAGCCUCCACAGAGAGUUCUGACAAAGGGAAUUGCCGGCAUUGGAAAAUCUGUUGCUGUGCAGAAAUUCACUCAUGACUGGGCAGUUAGAGAAGCAAACCAAAGCAUUCACUUCAUAUUUCCAUUCACAUUCAGAGACCUGAAUUUAAUAAAACAUAAGCGUUAUAGUCUUAAGGGUUUGAUAGCUGAAUACUUUGAAGAGGUGAAGGAUUUGGAAACUUCAGACUACAAAAGUUCUAGUAUUUUGUUCAUCUUCGAUGGCCUGGAUGAAAGCAAACUCCCGCUUAACUUUGAGAAAAAUGAGAUGUGCCGCAGCGUUACAAAGACCACGACAGUAGACGCCUUACUGACCAACUUAAUCUCAGGGAAACUGCUUCACAAAGCCUCGGUCUGGAUCACAAGUAGACCGGCUGCAGCCAGUAAGAUUCCUCCUGAGUUCAUCAACAGAGUGACCGAGGUACGAGGCUUUAAUGAUGAGCAGAAGGAGGAGUACUUUCUAAAGAGAAUCAGUGACAGCAAUGUGGCUCGAAAGAUCUGCGAUCAUCUUCAGUCAAAGCCGUUGAGAACUCUGUACAUCAUGUGCCACAUCCCAAUGUUCUGUUGGAUUACAGCCACGGCUCUUCAGAGUCUCCUCACAGGAACUCACGAAGGUGAGUUACCCAAGACUGUGGCUGAAAUGUACACACACUUCCUGAUUAUCCAGUCAAAGAGGAACCAUCAGAAGGAUUAUCAGGAGGUUGAAACAGACGAAAGAAAGAAAGACAGGGAUAAAGACAUGAUCAUGAAAUUGGGAAAGCUGGCAUUUGAACAGCUACAGAAGGGAAACAUAAUCUUCUAUGAAAAAGAUCUGAAGGAGUGCAAAAUUGACCUGAAAGAAGCUGCAGUUUAUUCAGGGGUUUGUACACAGAUCAUAAGGAGAGAAUCAGGUCUUCACAGAGAGGAGGUUUACUCUUUUAUACAUUUAAGUGUGCAGGAGUUUCUUGCAGCUCUGUAUGUAUUAGAGACCUUCAUAGAGAGUGGACAAAAUCUGCUUCCCAGCCAGUCAAAGGUUAGAAUCAGAUCACUGAGUGGAGAAAGUCCUAUCGUCCUCCUCCACAAGACUGCAGUGGAUAUGGCCUUAGCCAACGAUCACGGACAAUGGGACUUGUUUCUGCGCUUCUUGCUUGGUCUGUCACAGGACAAGAGUCAGAGUCUUCUUCAGAACGUGUAUGGAUUGGAACUAAGAUGUUCAGUGAAUAACCAGGGAACAAUCACCUACAUUCACAGGAAGAUCAAGAAUCUGUCCAAUACCGACAAGAGUAUCAAUCUUUUCCAGUGUUUAAAUGAACUUGGUGACCAGUCUCUAGUAGAGCAAGUCCUCAACUAUCAGAGCUCAGGAGAUGUUAGUAAAAUUUCACCUGCACAUUGGUCAGCUUUGGCCUUUGGAGUGCUUCUUUCUAACGAAGACCUGGAUGUGUUUGACCUGAAGAAAUACUACAAGUCAGAUGAAGUUCUGGAGAGGCUGCUGCCAGUGCUCAAAGCAUCAAAGACAGCUCUUCUGAAUGACUGUAACCUCACUGAUAGAUGCUGCGAGUAUCUUUCAUCAGCUCUCAGCUCAAAGUCUUCUGGUCUGGAGGAGUUAGACCUGAGCAGGAAUCAACUAACGGACGUUGGAAUAAAGCUUCUUUCUGAUGGCCUCAAAAGUCCUGACUGCAAACUCCAGAGACUCAGUUUGAAAGAAUGUGGCGUCACAACCAAAGGAUGCCAGUCUUUGGCCGGUGGUCUGUCUUCCAACUCCUCCCAUCUCAGAGAGCUGGAUCUCAGCCACAAUAAGUUUCAUGAUAGAGGACUGAAGCUACUUUCAGAAGUUCUCAACAAAUGCUCUUUGAAAACACUGAGGUUAUCUGAUUGCGGCAUUAAAGAGGACGGAUGCAAAUGUCUGGCUUUGGCUCUCAGCUCAAACUCAUCUCACCUGAAAAACCUGGAUGUGAGCAGGAACAGUUUUGGAGAACAGGCAGUCGCUCAUCUCUGUGGCUUUCUGAGGCAACCUGACUGCCAGCUGGAGAGACUAUGGCUUUCCAAGACAAAUCUACAAAAGGAGAAUGCAGCAGCUCUGUCCUCAGCUCUGACUUCAAACCUGUCCCAGCUGCGGGAGUUGGAUCUGGGAGAGAACACACUGGAAGACGCUGGAGUGAUGGAGAUCUCGUCUCUGCUGAAGGAUCCAAACUGCCAAAUGAAAACACUGAGACUAGCUGGCUGUCGGUUCACAGAGAGCGGCUGUGCUGCUCUGGCUUCCAGUCUGCGGUCGAAUCCCGCCCACCUGAGGGAUCUGGAUCUGUCAAGAAAUGACCUCCGAGACUGCGGCGUCCAACUCCUCUCUGAGUUCUUGGCAGAGUCACUUUGCCAACUGGAGACACUGAACCUGAGAUGCUGCACGAUAACAGCGACCGGCUGUCAGUCUUUAACCUCGGCCCUCAGCGGCUCCUCCGCUCUCAAAGAACUCGACCUGACCUACAACCGUCUGAAGGACCAGGGGGUGGAGCGGCUCUGUGACUGGCUGAGGAAUCACCAGUGUCGACUGGAGAUACUCAGGUUAUCAGAGUGCACAGAGAGCAGCUGUGUGUCUCUGGCUUCGGCUCUGAGGUCGAACACUUCUCAGGUCAGAGAGCUGGAGCUGAUGAAGAGUCAUCCAGGAGAAUCAGGUCGGAGGCUGCUGUCUGAGCUACAGAACGACCCAGAGUACAAACUGCAGACACUGACGGUACAAACAUCAUGAACAGAAAACACCACGCGAGCCACACUGAGAGACUGAACUGGACAUUAAAUACGCUGCUGUGAGAACCUCACUAAGGAUGUUGUGUCAUUAAAACCGAAUAAUCUAACAAUCAUUCGCAGAGACUAAAUUCGACCUUUGUGCUGUGGUCAUUUGUUUUGUUAUUAAUUGAAAAAGAGUUGAGCUGAGGAGUCCAGUAUGAAGGCUUCAUUAACAGCUGCUGGUGUAAUUCUCACUUUCGGCCACUAGGAGGAGCUCUAUCAGUGAAUGUUUACUCCUCGGCUACUUUGACUCGGUAGUAGCCUGCUAGCUAGUAAGUUAGCCUGCUAGCUAGCUGACUGGAGGGAACAUGAUGCAGACGAAGACACACUAAAGUCCAGCGUGGUUUAAAAGCUUCCAGAAAGUAAAGGAUAAUGUUGUCAGGUGUGAAAUAUGUGGAGCAGAGUUGAGCUAUGGUGGCUUCACAUGGUCAAAAAGCUGCUGUGGCGGUUGCUAAGGGAGACGGACCUGACGCUAAUCACCAAACUAGUACGUCAACAGAGAGCAAGCUAACGUUACGUCUCUCAUUGCUAACAUGAUGGUAAAGGAAAUAC